AUUUUGUGAUGAAGCAUAUCCAAGGAUCUCAACAUUAAAGGCACACCGCGUUACUAUUUCUUCGCCAGAUUCCAACUCUUCUCGAUUUCACAGGGAAGCUCCCAUCCUGUCGCUUCAUUGUAAGAGCAACCUCGUCGUCUCCGUUGAUUAGAUAUUUUGCUGCGUCAUGGAAGACGAGCUGCUUCCGAGGUUGCCGCAGGAGAUCGCUUGCGAGUGCCUCAUCCGCGUCCCCUUCCAUGCCUUCCCCACCGUCCGGGCUGUCUGCAAGAACUGGAUGCACCACCUCGAGUCGCCCUGCUUCCACCGCCUCAGAAGGUCCGCCGGCCUCGCCCGGCCCUUUGUCGCCCUCGUCCAGUCCGAGUCCAUCCCUCCCCAGCAGCAACCCUCUCUUGCCCCCCCAGUUUUCCGUCUCUCGCUCUUCGAGCCUGCCACCGGUGCCUGGACCUCGCUGCCACCGACCCCCGGCCGCUCCCACGGCCUCCCGCUCUCAUGCCGGUUGGCCGCCGUCGGGAGGGAGCUGGUGGUGGUCGGCGGAUUGGACCGCCGCUCCUGGGCCUUCACCGACGACGUCCAUGUCUUUGACGUGGUGUCCCGAGUCUGGCGCCGUGGGGCCCCCAUGCCCGGUCCACGGCGCUCCUCCUUCGCGUGCGCCGGGUCGGAGGAACGCCGGAUGGUGUUCGUGGCCGGUGGGCACGACGAGAGAAAGAACGCGCUGCGGUCCACGCUAGCCUACAACGUUGCGGCCGACGCGUGGGUCCGCCUGCCCGACAUGGCGCGGGAGCGCGACGAGUGCCGCGGGUUGUUCGCGCGCGGCGCGUUCCGCGUCCUCGGUGGCUUCCCCACGGCGGCGCAGGCGCAGUACUCGCGGACCGCGGAGGCCUUCGACGUGGCCUCCUGGAGGUGGGGCGACGUGGAGGAGGGGAAGCUGGCGGAGGCCGGGUACCAGCGCACAUGCGUGGUCAGCGGGGACGGGAGGAUGUGCAUGUGCCGGCAGGGGGAGGAGAAGAUGGAGGUGCUGCUGGAGGAGGGCGACGGGGCGUGGCGGCCGCUGGCGCACCUGCCUGGCGACGUGAAGGCGUCGCUGCAGAUGGUGGCGUGGGAAGGGGGUCUCAUGCUGUGGGGCGCCGGGGACAACAGCAGGGCCCAAGUGGCCUACAUCAUGGACCUCAAAGGAGGAGAAGGGAAGGGUCUAAUGUGGCGGAAGGUGGAGAUGCCGAAGCGAUUCUCCGGUUACGCCCAAACAGCCUGCUGCUUCGAGAUGUAAUUCCCAAGCAAUAUCUCGUAAUGCUUCAUAUUUAAUUAACAAAAGUCACGAGGAAGAAACAAGGAAUGUAAAAGCAUAAUCGAUGUGACUCGAAAGCAUUUCACAAGGAAUGUAACACUAGUUCUCUUUGAGCCA